UCGGUGCGCGUAGUUGUGUAUCAGUGAAUUUGUUAUGAUGAGCGGCCACGACCUCUCUCCGAUCUAAGCCCAGUGAUUGUUUCUUAGUUUUUCAUUGUUAUAGUGAAGUGAAGUGCAAUGGCUCGGUUAACGGAGGAAAUGGUGAUCGCUAGAUCGAAACAGUCUGAUCUAUCAGCUAUAAAGAAGCUAAACUGCUGGGGCGCUGAACUCGGUGAUGUGAGCCUCAUACGAAGGAUGCCGAACGUCGAAGUGCUGGCGCUGAGCAUCAAUAAAAUACGAACGCUGGGUGAUUUCGCGGGUUGCCGACGUCUCCGGGAACUUUAUGUUAGAAAGAACGAGAUCCGAGAUCUGGCUGAGAUACGACACCUUCGACACCUUCCCGACUUGACCAGUCUAUGGUUGGACGAGAACCCAUGUACUUUACACCCGGAGUAUCGAAUGACGGUGUUGAGGAAUCUACCGAAUCUCGAAAAGUUGGACAAUGUCGUUGUUCAAGCUGACGAAGUGCAGGAGGCGAUGCGACGAGGCGUCCACAUCCCGGACUCGGACGAUGAAGGAUACCCUCAGCAGCAAGAAUCGUACGGCCAGUACCGCCGACAGCGGUCUUGCGAGUCGAGCCCCGAGCGCGAGCCCGAGCUGUACUACGCGCGCCCCGCCGCGCCGCCCGCGCACGCGCAGCGGCACGAGUGGGCGCAGGGGAGGGACAGCCCGGCGGAGCCCGAGCCCGCGGUCGAGCCCCCGCGCUCUCCGCCCUCUCAGCAGUGCCCCGCGUCCCCCGCGCGCCGCGCCUCGCCCGACGCGGACGAGCGCUACGACCACCCCGCCAUGACCACCUCGCAGUACGAGCCUCGCGCGGGCCCGCGCUCCCCGGACGCGGCCUCGCUGCGCCACUCGGUGUCUGCGCACAACGUCAAGGAGUACUCGUAUCCCACGAACGGUGAGUGGCGACACAGCGGCAACGCGCUCACAUCGCCGCACGAACACUGUUCGGAUAGGGACAGAAGCGAAACGUACUCGGUGCGUGGUGACUGGGAGAGGGAGCGAGAUAGAGAUAGGGAGAGUGUGCGGGAGAGGGACAGAGAGUACCCGUCCGCAGUCAUGGCGGAGCAUCGCGGCUUCACGAGGAGGCCGGUCGCCAGGAAUUCGAACCUCCUGUCUGCCGUCCUGUGUCUGGUCAAGGAGCUGGACUACCCGAGCCUCGAGGUCGCCGAGAUGGCGGUGCGAUGUCGCAUGGACGAGCUUGCAAACAGCCAGUGACCCAACGCUGAAGCCGAAAACUGACCGGCGAGCAAUAUUCGACCUUAAGUCUCAUGCAAUAGAGGCGAUACAACACCGCCUCGGUGUGUGAAUUGAGCUUCUUAGUGCAGGACUUUAGGCAGCCAUUAAAGACUAAUUUUGUGCGCGAUCAAGGAAUAUGAACCUUAAGUGCAAGCGGUAAAGUCUAAAUUUAAUUAAAGCUUACUAAUAUGUAAGGCGAAUAUCAUUUGUUUUUCGUCGUAUAAUAAACUAACAGAUCUUUCAAAGGAAAUUGAAUCUUGUAACUGUUAUAAUAAAGGUGAUUAUCGCAUAACUGUAUACGGAUAAGAUUUGUAUGUAAACAAAUUAAGAAUGAAUUUUUCGUGCAAUAUAUAUUGUGUAAACGAUAAAGAGUCUUAUGUGUUAUGAAAUAAGGACGUAAUUAGUAAUGUUGUUGGCGAUGUCUGAUUGGAUAUUGGAUGUUUGCGUGAUAAGCGUUCGAUGUAUGAAAUGUUGGUGAUAAGUUGGCGUCGAUUUUAGCAAAUGUUUGGUAUUGGUCGUCGAGAUUGGUAUACUUAACGUUGGCACAUGUUUGGUCCCAUUAAGUAUGGGAAUACGGUAAAUUAACUAUUAUAAAUUAGAAGUAUUAGCUUUCCCAAUAAAUAGUUAAAGCUUACUAGCGAUCGCACGCGGCUUUGCCUGCUAUAAUAUAAUUAAUUAAAUAUAUUAUUAUUCCAUCCAAAGAUUUUUUUAAAUGUAAUUUUAAUGAAAUCCCUCCGCUGGGAUAAUGCGUCGUCUGCCAAUUUGUCACGAUCACGAUUGUAUAACUAUACAAAUGUAACCUAGUUGCCCGUCCCGUUUGAAAAACAUAAAAAUACCGAAAAUUCUUUCUCAACAAAUUUCUAGACGCAAUAUUUUUGCGUCUGUGCGCUUAUUACCAGUCAGAUAGAUUUUAUCGAAGGGUAUAUUGUAAUUUGACUUUAUAAUCAACAAUUAUAAACGUUAUUCAGCGGGAGUUUAUUUAACAAUGCUGUGUCUCUUUCUUUCGAAUGUCAAAUCAAUAAUGACAGAAAGAGAUAAUCAGCCGCUAAGCAAAGUUCACAAAGUAAGGCCGGUAAUUAAUUAAGUAUAUAUUUAUCUUGAUUUCUUCACCAGUUCCAAGCUAUUCUGCAAGAUUCUCGACACUCAACGCAGAAAACGGUCGUGAAAUGUCAGUCAGUGAUACAUUGACAGUAAUAAUCAUAACACCACAAGAGAAGUCUAUUGUCAAUAUUUCACUGGUGAGUAAUGAAGUGAGUUCUUACAGAAUAGCAAUACUGUCAGCGACGCAUUCCCUCGCCGGACUAGAGACGUAUUCGUUUGUCUUUUGAUAUUGGUUAUUUUUUUGUAACGAUUGCCAAAUGUUUGUUCAAAAUCGAUACAGCCUCGUUAUUGUGAUAUAAUGAACGAUUGAGGCUUUUAUUUUAAACUAGCACUCAUUAUGUUACUAAUAAAUAAUUAAUUUACAU